CCCACUUUCUGAGAAGAGAAGACACUUCACUUUCUUCAGAUAGGCAUUUAUUUACCAGCCUUGCUGGGCUCCUGCUUUGGACUAAACCUUGUGUUGGAUGCUGGACAUGUGGGGAAGAAGGCGCUCCAUCCUGGCCCUUUGGGAGCUCACAGUCAGUGAAGGAGUCAGCUGCAAACAGGAGGAGACCCAAAGGAAUUCUCCAGACAGGUUAUGUCACCGGCAGAGGCUGCCCUGAAGCUCCCUGCAGCCUGGAGACUAUGUAUAAGAAGAAUGGUCUGAUGGCUAGCAUGUUGGUCACCUCCGCCACCCCACAGCUCCAAGGAGGUUUGGGAGCAGUGAUCCAAGCCACCUACUCAGUGGGCACCAUCUCUCACCACUAUCCACAGGGCAGCAGCAGCUCGGACUCUCUGGAGGGCCAGAGCUGCGACUAUGCCAGUAAGAGCUACGAUGCCGUUGUCUUCGACGUCUUGAAAGUGACCCCAGAGGAGUUUGCCAGCCAGAUUACACUAAUGGACAUCCCCGUGUUUAAGGCCAUCCAGCCGGAGGAACUAGCCAGCUGUGGAUGGAGUAAGAAGGAGAAACACAGUCUUGCCCCCAACGUCGUGGCCUUCACCCGGAGGUUUAACCAGGUCAGUUUUUGGGUUGUACGAGAAAUUCUAACAGCACAGACUUUAAAAAUAAGGGCAGAAAUCCUGAGCCAUUUUGUGAAAAUAGCCAAGAAACUUCUAGAACUCAACAACCUUCACUCUCUCAUGUCUGUGGUGUCAGCAUUACAAAGCGCGCCCAUCUUCAGGCUGACAAAAACCUGGGCUCUUUUGAAUAGAAAAGACAAGACCACCUUUGAGAAAUUGGACUACCUGAUGUCUAAAGAAGAUAAUUACAAGCGGACUCGGGAAUAUAUUCGAAGCCUGAAGAUGGUUCCCAGUAUUCCCUAUCUAGGGAUCUAUCUGCUGGAUUUAAUCUACAUUGAUUCUGCGUAUCCUGCCUCAGGCAGCAUCAUGGAAAAUGAACAAAGAUCCAAUCAGAUGAACAAUAUUCUCCGAAUAAUUGCUGAUUUACAAGUUUCCUGUAGCUAUGAUCACCUCACCACCCUGCCCCACGUGCAGAAGUACCUGAAGUCUGUACGCUACAUUGAAGAGCUCCAGAAGUUUGUAGAAGAUGACAACUAUAAACUGUCACUCAGAAUCGAACCAGGAAGCAGCUCUCCGAGAUUAGUCUCUUCCAAGGAAGACCUUGCAGGCCCAUCUGCUGGCUCCAGUUCUAUGAGGUUCAGCCGGAGGCCCACCUGUCCUGAUGCAUCUGUUGCUGGCAGCCUCCCCACACCUCCUGUCCCCAGACACAGGAAGAGCCACAGCCUGGGCAACAAUAUGAUGUGUCAGUUGAGUGUAGUUGAGAGUAAAAGUGCGACAUUCCCAUCGGAGAAAGCGAGACACCUACUGGACGACAGUGUCCUAGAGUCCCGCAGCCCCCGCAGGGGCCUCACCCUCACCUCCUCUGCUGUCACCAAUGGACUCUCCCUAGGCAGUAGUGAGAGCUCAGAGUUUAGUGAAGAGAUGUCUUCAGGGCUGGAAAGCAGGGGACGUCUCUAUGCCACACUGGGGCCCAACUGGCGUGUUCCAGUUCAGAAUUCUCCCAGAACCCGGAGUUGUGUCUACAGCCCCACCGGCCCGUGCAUCUGUACUCUGGGGAACUCAGCAGCAGUGCCCACCAUGGAGGGGCCUCUGAGAAGGAAAACCCUGCUCAAGGAAGGACGGAAGCCUGCGCUGUCCUCAUGGACCAGGUACUGGGUCAUACUCUCAGGAUCCACCCUCCUGUACUACGGAGCCAAGUCCUUGCGGGGCACAGACAGAAAACACUAUAAAUCCACACCUGGCAAAAAGGUUUCCAUCGUGGGCUGGAUGGUGCAGCUGCCUGACGACCCCGAGCACCCGGACAUCUUCCAGCUGAACAACCCUGACAAAGGCAAUGUUUACAAGUUUCAGACUGGUUCCCGAUUCCAUGCAAUACUGUGGCACAAGCAUUUGGACGAUGCAUGUAAAAGCAACAGGCCUCAGGUACCUGCAAACCUUAUGUCAUUUGAGUAAGUCUCUGCAGGACGUGGCGUGACUUCAGAGGCUUCUGAGAGCCCAGGCUGGGCCUGGUGGAGAAGAGCAGUCCUGGGCACAGGCUGUGGGCCAGGGUGCUGGGAGAUUCACAGCCAGAUUCAGGGGACAUGGCCUGUGGCCUCGCAGUCCCAGAGUGGGAUCCACCUGUCAGUCCCCAGCGACUCUCAUGGCACUCAUUCUGCAGCAUCACGUCUUGGGGCGGUGGCCGGACCCCAACUGUAUACCCUGCCCUCCCUCUCCAGGCCCCCAUCUGUCCACCAGCUGCUUCUGCGACUCGAAAGCAUUCAGCCCACGUUGGGUGCCCAGUGCUUUCUGCUAUACCAAGAGCGGGCAGUGCCAACCUCGAGAGGGGCCCGAGCAGAGGAGCAGGCUAUGGAACAGGCUUUUUAUACCCCAAGUGCACGGGGUUGCUCGCCCACAGGGCUGCCUCAGAUUUUGUACAACCCCUGAAGCAUCCUCUGCGUGUGUGUGCCGUACACAUGUGCGUGCGAGCGAGUGUGAACUCUUUGAGAAACAUGCAUUUUGGCACAAGACUUAUGACAUCACAUACGUCAUUCGCUUUGAGGCCCUGCUUUGACCUUAGGUUACCACCUUAUCCACCGAGGAAGGUGAGAGCAAGAGCCCAGGUCCCUCCUGUAUUAAGGGUCCCUUGCAUUCUUUUACUGUAAACGAACAAUGCCUUAAAUUGUGUCUUGUUUUCUGUUCCUACGGGUGCUAUUCAUCUGGAAGGCCUGUUUGCUGGGCCGCUGGGCCACUGGGCCCUUCCGGCCUCGUUGCUGUCAGCUCUUCUAAGAUCGGGCUCGGCCUCGCCGUGGUCCUGCUUGCUUCCUCCCGUUCCCUCUGCUGGUAGGGCCUGAGGCCCUGCUCUUCUCUCUCCCUUCCACCAUGCCAGAGUGAGCAGUUGUCCUAUUUCCUCCCAGCUUCCCUCAGAAGCAGCCUCGGCGGCCACUGUUCUCCCAGUGAUGGGCUGUGCAGAAGCCACUUGGCAUCAGCCUCCCCACGCAGGGCAAGGCCUUUGCUCCCAUCAUCUCACCCCUUUGCCUCCACUGCCAGGGCAGCACCCACUGAGGUUCCUGAUCACGAUAGGGAGCUGAGUGACACUGAGGCCUUAAGCUCCCCCAGUCUUGCCCCCAAGUGCAGUCACCAGCAAGUUCUUCAUUAUCCAAGUCCAAGGGCACAAUUGUUGAUGACCACGUGACAAGAGAGCAAAGCCCUGGGGAGUGAAGGGUCCAACCUCUGCGUUCAGUUAGGAGCUCUUCACACAACAGCAUCCUUUAUCUUUUACCUUUUGUCACAUCUUAAAGUGACUUUUAUUUUGCACAAGUACAUUUUCUUCCAAAAUAAUGAAUUGCUUAUUAUCAUAAUCCCUCACCCCAACCCCGCUAUAAUGUGAGUAUGCUAAUUCUGAGGAGAAUAUCCAUAAACAGUCUUCUGAAAGAGACGGAAUGCUACAUCCUUGUUGCUAAUGAUUUCAGAGCUCACACUAAUCAGGUACCAGACAGCCCUGAAGGGUUUCUGGGCUAGAUGCUCCAAAAUGGCAUCUAAGCCAGUAAACUGUAAUAAGUCAAUUUUAAAAUGACCAAAGACCACCACUCUGUACUUGGAUGAAAUAGUAACAACUUCUCUGAAAAUCUAAAUGAAAUGAUGAGGAAAGUACUUCCUGAAUGGGAAGUCAUCAGGGUCUUGUUUUGUGAUUGAGCUUUACUGUGCUCAGUGACUAAUCUUCCUUUUGAGCAAAGACUAGAUUACUUUCCUGUCGGGAGAAACUCCAGAUGAUAAAGUUGACCACGUCAAACCUUGACAAUAGGUGCUCUGCGUGCCCACCCCGGAUGUGUGCACCUAGUUCUACCAGUGACCAUUUAAGUCAGCGUCCAGAGGCUGAAUGACAGCGCCAAACAGAACAAACACCUCUGACUGGAACCAUGCAGUAUUAACACUUAAAGCUACACUGAAUCUAAUCUACCUGCUAACUUAAAAAAAAAAAAAAAAAAAACUUACAUUUAGAUAAAGGUGAAAGACUGGAACAUCAGCUACUUAAUUUUCCUUGGGUUUCUUCCCUCUUCAAAAUGUCCUGGUUUUUCAUACAUGAAAUAUUCUAGAGGCCAAGCCAGAACCCCAGAAUUUCAGGCACCACUAAAUCAAUCAUUUCCUGCCCUUUACACAGGAAAGGGCAGGAACAUUUCUCUUUCACAAAUGUUUUCUUCUGAGCCUAAUUCGAAAUAACACAAUCACAAUUCUUUUCAAAGUGUUUAGUCGUCUCACUCAUUGAGUUUGAUCCCAGGAACAUUCUUAGCUUGGACUCUGGAAGAACCUCUUUAGACUUUGUUGGCGCAAGCCUGAUAAGAGCCCUGAACACACUAGAAGAAUCUGGAGAUGAUGCCGGAAGAUCCUCUGUUCUCCAAGCGGGGGCUUGGAGACAAGCAUGUGAGUUCAGCACUGUAUUCUCAGUGUUGGUUUGUCCCUCAGGCUGCUGGCGAGGUGGCCUGCAAGCCUGGGACAGAGGGAGCCAGACAAAAAACGAAGGUCACAGCUGGAUCCUUGCCCUGGAGGGGAGCAUAUCUGUCCUUUGCUCCUUUACUGUCCAUAAUGCACAAAUGAUCGUGACACCAUUGACGGUAUUAUGUCCUGCAUGCAUAUGCUAUUUUUUUGUGCCAACAGAUCAUGGAACCCCAUGUAAAAGUGUGGAAAGCUGUCUACAUACCUGGAGUAGGUGGGUAACAUUACGAUGUCUCAAAAGCAACUCACUCACCUCUCCCUAGGAACAAUUUUUGCCCCCUCAGUUGAGCAUGAUUUAUAACUCCAAGCCCAUCAAGUGCAUUCUGGCAACUGAAAUUCUUCGUGGAGAGCAGUAGAAAUAUAGACCUGAUUAUGCCCAGUGAGGGAGUUGGGCCCCUUCCCUCCCCUGACUAGAAACCCACUCAGCACCCUAGCAGACCAUGAACCUGAGGAAAUCAAUACUUUUUUAAGAAAUUCUGUUUAGGAAAGAACCCACACUCUCUUGCCAACUGAACUUAUAAAGUGUUUUUUUUUCUUACCAAGAUGGCCAGUAUUUCUUUCAUUAUCUUUCCCCGCUCCUCAAGCCCAAGAGAUACAUCUUUUAGGAUGCUAUUUUACAGAGGGAAACGGUCUGGAAAUGGGAAGCCAUUUGCAAGCAACAUCUGCUUUAUUCUUUGGGUGUGACUCAGAGCUCUUCACUCACAUUGCUGAUGCUUGGAACUACCAGGAGAACAUUGCCAAAAACAUAGCCCUCUUUUUUGCAAACGUGUAAAUGACUUAAAUCAACUGUAUGUCAUAUUGACCUGUUGGGUAAUUUCAUAAUUACAAGAGAAAAAUAACCUAGGAAAGUCUUUUUGAUAUGACAGAUUGUCUGCACAAAGCCACUAUUCACUCAUUUAUUAAUGGCCGGCAAGUGCUUCCUAAUGUGCCAGGCUCCACCCAGCCCUCAUGGAGCUGAGGACAAAACAAACAAUCCCCAGCACAGGUGUCUUGGGCAAGACCCUGCCUCCCUCCUAACCUGAGUACAAAUCCUGUGCAUGGAUUCCUCCAGAAAGUUUUCGGAAGUCUCAGCAGACUGAACAGCCUCUUGGAUCAGUUGCAGUAGGGACUGGCUGGAGUCGCUGUUGUAGAGGCUGGUUGGCUGAGAAGAACCAGGCACAGAGCCAUGGGUGGGUACACUGAGGACUUCCAAAGGUGGAGUGAGAGGGUUGGGUCAGAAUCUUCAUGGUGUAAGUGCAAUGAGUGAGUGCUGCCUUUUCUUGGGUGUAGAGAACUUGUACCAUGGACUUAGACCACCUUGUAGGCUUGUGCUACACAGGCUUGCGUAGCCCCAGGCAGCCUUGAAUCCCCUGCUCUCAGCAGCAACACAAGAGAUCAUCUGUUUGUUUUAUAACCAUUAGUCUCUUUAUCCAUUUCUGAAUGACUGUGCCAGUAAUGAAAUAAUAGUAAUUAAUUUAUUAGUAUGGUAUAAUCUUUAAUAAAUUUCGUGCCAAAAUGCAUGGUUUCAAAAUGUUGUAUAGAGAUGAAUUUUCAAUUUCUUAUGUAUUCUUCAAAGUAUGUUGAAAAUCAGUUUCUACAUUUUAAUUCAUUCCUUGUUCAAUCUGUUGCACACUCCUGGGCUGUCUUUUUUUUUUUUUUCAGCAGACCUCUGCAUGCAGUUGUGUAAGGACUUUCUCUAAUUCUUGUGAAUUGUCUCACCCACGGUAACCACUGAACAUCAGCCCUUUGUGGGAUUCUUUAGAUUUUGGUGAAGUAUUUUGUUACCUCAGUCUUGUAUCAAGUUGCUAUAUUUUUCAGCUUGUUACAUUGAUAAUAAUUGUUUCACUAAUUAAAUACUUUAAUGUACAAACAUCUUUGUUUACUUUGAAAUUAAAUGUGUUUUCCAA